ACCAGGCUCUCAAGGAAGAGAAUUGGGCAUUCCUACUCCCUGGAUUUGCAGCAAGGAGCAGAUGGUCACAAUUUCACCAUGGGCUACAAUAUUUCUAUCCAGGCUGCAGUGGCAGAGCUGCAUUCUGAGGGACUACAGAACAUUUUAAUGUUUACAUCUUCUGAGGACACACUGCUCACCAAUGAGUUCAUCAGUAAAUCAUCACCCUUAGAGGAAAGAGAGAGGCAAAAAUCAUCUCUUGAGGAGCUGAGGAUCAUAACCAAGAUUCAAAGUACCACUGCCAGAACUGUAGAAGCAUAUGAGAACAAGAGAGAUGCCCUGGGAAAGACACCGAAGAAACCCCCAACUAAGCUGGAAAAAUUUGGAAAUGAGAAAGUGGGUGAUUUUACAGUGAAGGACAUGAAGCCUUCUUGUUUGCUUCUACUGAAGCAAAGAAACAAAAAAAAACAGACUGAAAAGGACUGCCUGGGUUUUGCAAGUCAGGGAGGUACAGACCCUCAGCCCUCACCUUUAGAUGCUGAGCCAGGGCUUCUGCUGAAGAAAAUAACUGCAGUAGACAGAACAAACAAUUAUACUGAGGAGGACACUGUCACUGAGUCUGUAACUUACAGCUGCAUCAAUGAAUCAAUCUGGGUCUGUCUUGCAAAUAUAAAGAACUCCUCUGUUCUCUGCAAAUGUCUUUUUUGAGGGCAUAAAUAAACGCUUUAUCACGGGGCACAGCUGAAUCUUGCUGCUGCCUAUCUCACCUGG